AGACAACUCCCUCCUCCUCCCCCGCCUCAUUCCAGGGGUCCGCCGCCCCCACCACCUCGCCCCCACUCCGAACCCAUCGACAGCAAAAAGACUUGCCCUCUGCUGCUUCGGGUUUUCACUAAGAUUGGGGCUCAUCACAGUGAGGUAGAAUUUGCGGUGAGAGGCAAUGAACCAAAAGAUGAGGUUCAAAUUUAUACAUGGAAAGAUGCAAAACUUCGUGAGCUAACUGAUCUUGUCAAAGAGAUUGCUCCAGAGGCUAGUAGAAGAAAUGCUAGACUGUCUUUUGCGUUUGUAUACCCUGACAAGCACGGUCGCGUUGUGGUGAAACAGGUUGGGAUGACGAAUUCUCAUGGAAACGGGAGACAAGUGGAUGAAAGCAAGUCACUGAAUGAUCUUAACUUUCAGAUAGGAGAUUAUUUGGACGUGGCUAUCCUAUAGAGAAGAUGGCUGUAGCAUUAGCACUGAUGUUUCUUCGGAGGCGGCAUUUCGGAUGGAUCGAGUAAAGGAAAUGGAGUG